AUGCUCUCGCUCUACACGCUCGCGCCCGCCUAUGCGCCCGUCACCCCGGCGGCUCCCCUGAGCCGAGCUGUGAGCGGUGUGAGAAGAGCCGCUCCGCCCGCUGCCGCCGCCAACAGCGUGCGAGACUCGAUCGCCACGACGCUCCUCUCCCUCGGGCUUGCUGCACAUCUCACGGCGGCGCCGCUGCCUGCGUUUGCCGAGAUCACAAAGGCCGACAUAAUCGCGGCCGAGCAAAAGUGGGGCGACGGCAUCGUGCGCGUGGGAGAGGUCUACUCCAAGGGCGGCGACUACAAGAUGGCAGCAAAGGGCCCGGUGCUUUUCAAGCCGACCAAGGCGUCGGAGAAGGAGUUCCGCCUGACGCCGGGCGAGGCGUACUCGUACUUUGUCACCGGACAGGAGGUUGAGGACAAGGGCUUCGCCCUCCACCCAUGGACCAAGGUUCGCUUUGACAACAAGGCGUUUGUCGUCGACGGCGACACCGCCUUUUCGAUGGGCAACUACUACUUCACGGACGCGAAGACGGGGGAGGAGACCAAGGCUCUGAUGGGUGCUGGCGCGCUGGGCCUCGUCCUCAACUCGCUGCUGUAG